AUGGAAGUUGCAGACUCUGUGCUGCGUAGGGGUUCUACGUCGGGUCCUCUUCUCCGCUCUGGGGCCCCCUCUCUCAUGGGGGCCCCCCCCUUGGGGGCCCCCCCCCUGGGGGCCCCCCCCCUGGGGGCCCCCCUAACAAGAAAGACAGAGAGAAGAGCAGCAUGGGGGCCCCCCGCAUACUCUGACACUGCGUUGGAGUGUAUAUACAGCCGGCUGUCUAGCAGCGAAGAAAGUCAGGGUGGGGGGCCCCCCGGGGACUGCUGGGGGGCCCCCUCGCGGUCGUACCCUUUUCUCCCCCCCCCCACAGGGGCCCCUCAGGGGGGCCCCCAUACACUGCAGCAGACAGGGUACCAAGAGGAAAGGAGACAAAUACAGAAACAAAGAAACAGCCUCGAUCUGCUGCUGGCUUCUCCCGUUAGGGGGGAGGAGAUAAGACCUUCUGCUGCUGCUGCUGCUGCUGCUGCUGUUGCGGCUCAGCAACAGCAGCAGCAGCAACAGCAGCAACUGCAGCAGCAGCAGCAGCAGCAGCAGCAGCAGGAACCAGAAGAGAAGAAUGAAACAGCGCAGCAGCUGCGGCAGCAGCUGCAGCAGCUGCGGGCUGAGGGUCACCGUCGUGCUGCUCGUCUGAGGAGGGAGCGGCAGCAGCUGCAGCAGCAGCUAGCUGAGGUGCGGCAGCAGCAGCAAGUCUGGCUGCUGCGACAACGCACCAGCAGCAGCAGCAGCAGCAGCAACACCAGCAGCAGUGUAAACAGCAGCAACAGCAGCAGCAACAGCCUCAGCAGCAACAGCAACAGCAGCAGCAGCAACAGCAGCAGCAGCAGCAGCUCACAGGAGUCUAUAGGGAGGCCCCUUCUACCAGCAUCUAUAGAGGGGGGCCCUGGGGGCCCCGGGGGGCCCCCUUUCCCCCUUUCUCUGCGCGUAUGGUGCUGCUGCAUGUAUACGAUCUGA